AAACAAUACCUAGGGCAGCAUCCCAGUUUUGUCGCUACUAUCUCCUCCUCCGACCAGACGUUCGGGACCAACCGCAGCUUUUGUCUGCAGCCAGUCUUACGUGUUCAUCCACCAUGGCCUUUCCAUUCAUUGUCAUGACAUUACUUUUGGGCUCUUCCAUGAUGAUGGCAUUUGUCUUGGAUCCAUCCAGGAAAGAACCCGAAGCUGCCGUCUUAGGUGACAGGUGCCAAGGUGAGUCAUGGCAGUCCAUCAGAAAGAACCUCCUUAGGGUUCUGAACUUGCAGACUGAGCCGCAGCUACCUGCCGGUGCACUGGACAGUGUCAGAGAGCAGUGGAACCGAACCUUCAGCAUCGUUUCUCACACAGCCAAGCAUACUGCAACCCCAGCAGUCCCAGGCUACUCUGCAUCAGCUGAUAAUGGAAACAGUGCGAGCCUGAAGUGUUGUUCCAUUGCCUCAGAGAUCUUCAUGAAAGAUCUGGGCUGGGACAGCUGGGUGAUCCACCCGUUGAGUCUUACCUAUGUUCAGUGCGCAACCUGCAACUCUGCCAUGACCACUGUUCAAUGUCCAUCAUCCCAAGUAAAUGUCCAGGAUGCCAACACACAGGACCAGGUGCCAUGCUGUCGGCCCACCUCCCAAGAAGAGGUGCCCAUAGUCUAUAUGGAUGGAUCCAGCGCCAUUGUCAUGUCCUCCAUGCAGCUGACCCGCAGUUGUGGCUGUGAGCUGGGCAACUCUGAGGAUCGUGGCAAGGAGUAGGCUGAAGUUUGUUUAACAGUCCUGAGUGUGUGGUAUGAACCGCUUGGCUUUUAUGCACACAUCAAAAGAACAAAAUAUCAUAUCCAUAAUUAUGUUCUCACACAAACGCUGCUUUUGUAGGUUGUCUUUCUCUUUUAAAAUAGAAAGUGCAUUCAGCACUGGCUCCAGGAACCAAUGCAAGUCUGGGCUUUCCAUUCCUGCAGCUGUGCUUUAUUAAAACAGGAGUUUUGGAAAGCUGGACACUUAUUGUUCAACUGAUUUAACAGUAAUUACACAAUCUUGCUUGGUGAUUAUGCACUACAUUAAUGUCUUGGUCUGUAACCGUUGAACCAAAGGAAGGUCCAGCCAACACAUGUAUGGUAAAUCCUCACAGUCUGUCUUUAAAUAAAUCUCAUGUGGACAGGCUACUAUUAAUAGCUGUUAACUAUUACUGAGUGUUCCCUCAAGAAAUGUAAGACUUGAGCCAGACCCUCUCACAAGAGGAUCUGGCUCUACUCUUAAAGCAGAUCGUCUCUGAUAUGUAAAACGAUCUUUUCUCAUUUCUUGUUGUGGAAAAGAACUAAAAUUCAAUCUUCACAGAUUACCUUUCAUGCUCACAAGAUAAAUUUAGCAAUCUAUUAAUUUCUCUGGGGCAUGGGCACCACCUUCCAUUGGUUAGACUCUAUAUUUUCAUGUUUCAACUGAGGAAAAAGAAAAACAACGUUGGCCCGCAAACCCCAAAACUGCAACUUUAAUAUUUCAUAAUUAAACUAUUUACUGGUGAUAUGACUGACAUGCUUUAACAGAGGAGACCAAACAAUCUUCUGUCCACAUUUAAUUUUUAUUUUUAUUUGUCAUAUGUAUAUAAAUUCUGCCAAUUGCAACAGUUAGAUUUUCAAAAUUGAGAUUGUUAUUUUCGAGAUUGGCUGCUUCGUUUUUAUGUGUUUGUGGCAUAAUUUACAUUACAUUAUCUGACUGCUUUUAUAUACAUUUACAUGUACAUUUACAUACAUUUACAUACUGAAGAAUUCUUGUUUCUUUUGGUUGCUUGUUUUAAAAUUUAUGCCUUUUUGAUUAAGACUGGUGAGAGUUCUCGGUUGUAAUUUUAUUUUGUUAUAUACUCUGGCUUACUUUACAAAAUUACCACCAUGUUUUAAGCAAUGUUUCACAAGUGCUUACAGUGCUAUACAAUAAAGCAAUCUGACUAACACAUUUAAAUAAACUUUUUUUAUUGUGCUCAAGACACUGUUUUCACAUCUUAAUCAUUUGUGCCAUUCAAUAAAUUCUUGCUUAUUCCAAUAAAAGAUUAUAAAUGAUUGAAA